AUGAAACCCCUCCCCUUCCCCCUCGCCCUAAACAUCGGCACGGACAUCGUUCACCUCCCCCGCAUCACCCGCCUCCUCCAACGACCCAACUACCUCACGCGCUUCACACGGCGCAUCCUCAGCGACCACGAACAAGUCGACUUCCAGAAACGCUUCAAAGAUACUCUCCCAGUACACCUCCACCCAUCCUCCCCCCGCACGUCUAUGGCCCCGCCCACGCAAAUAAUUAUCACGCCGGACAUGACGCGCUGGCUGGCCGGCCGCUUCGCCGCGAAAGAAGCCGCACGUAAAGCCGCGCCGGACGGGGCUGCUUCGUUGGGGUGGAAGGAUGUCGAGGUCCGUGUACCGCGUGAUAACCAUGUGGAAGGGAAAGGGAAAGGGGAUGGAGACGAUGUGGGGGGGUUCGUGCCAGAGGAAGGGACGAGUCGGAGGCCGGAGAUUGUGUUUUUGGGAGGUGGGGGGGAUAGACCGGAUCGGUUGGGAAGGUUGUCUAUUUCACAUGAUGGGGAGUAUGUUGUUGCGACUGUUUUGGCGGCCGGUUGA